CAGUUUGGACAGUAACCCAAGCCAGUACAAACACAGCCCAAAUAUAUCCACAGCCACUCUGCGGUUGGGGAUUGAGUGGGCAUCUGGAUCAAGACUGGCACUAGAGUAGAGUCAAACAGAAUAACAGAAGGAAAGAAAGUUUAGGAUCUUACUUUUGUUGACUAAAAGGUGUCCAAAAAGCAGUCUGGGAUGAACUUCACUUUGGACUUCAAAGCAGGGAUGGGAGACUCAAUGGAGAACUUAGAGAAGCAGCUCAUUUGCCCCAUCUGUCUGGAGAUAUUCACUAAGCCUGUGGUCAUCUUACCCUGCCAGCACAACCUCUGUAGGAAGUGUGCCAAUGAUGUUUACCAGGCCUCUAACUCUUUUUGGCAAAACCGGAGCUCUACCACUGUGUCUACAGCGGGACGUUUCCGCUGCCCAUCUUGUCGCCAUGAAGUGAUAUUGGACCGGCAUGGUGUAUACGGCCUUCAGAGGAACCUGCUAGUGGAGAAUAUCAUUGAUAUCUACAAAUCAGAGACUAACAGGCCACUCCUGCCCAAAACAGAGCAACAGCAGCUGAUGUGUGACCAGCAUGAGGAAGAGAAGAUCAACAUCUACUGCCUCACCUGUGAGACACCGACAUGCUCCAUGUGCAAGGUGUUCGGGGCUCACAAGGACUGUGAUGUGGCCCCGUUGACGGUCAUCUACAAGAGACAAAAGACAGAGCUAAGUGAUGCCAUAGCCGUCUUGGUGGCAGGAAAUGACAGAAUACAGGCCCUGAUCUCACAGAUGGAGGAUAUUUGUAGGACUGUCAAGGAAAACGGUCGGCGACAGAUGCAGAACAUCUCUGAUAAGUUUGAUGAACUUUUUGCCAUCAUAGAAGAGCGUAAAAGGGAACUUAUAGAGACUGUCGGCCGUGAGCAGGACCGAAAACUGGGCCACGUCCGCUCCCUUAUGCGUCGCCACGGAGACCACUUAGAGAUGUCCAUCAAACUGGUGGAAACAGCCAUCCAGUCCAUGGAGGAACCUCAGAUGGCUGUGUUUCUGCAGAGUGCAAAGGAAGUGUUCAAGAAGAUCACAGACACUGCCAAGGCCUCCAACAUUGAGCAGACGGAGGCAGGCUUUGAGAGCAUGGACCACUUCAUCAUCAACACGGAGAAUGCGGCCGACAUGCUGAGAGGCAUCGACUUCCAAACAGCUGAAGAUGGAGAAGACAGCAGUGAUGAAGCUCCUGAAGACCUGACCAACUCACCUGGUCAGAGUGGUGAAUCAGGGAGACUCUAACUUAUUUUUAAACCCAAGGGUAUUUCCUGUGCGGACUUAAGAGAGACUAUAAGGAGGAGGUUUUCUUUAAUCCUUUCAACAUGGCAAGAGCUUCUUUCAUCUGGCGUUUUGUGGCGACUCUGAGCUAUAGUUCAGGAAUUACACAUUUAUUCAUAGCUUUUACAUUCUGGAUGUUUAAAACUAUGUUUAUGAUGCAGUUUUUGGUCUUUUUUGAUCACAUAACUUUGGCAGAGUUGAUACAACUUAAAAUUAGAGGAGAACAUUUGAAACCAGAAAACAUUUGUGGGUUGUCCAAAUAUCACAUAAUUUUUGCAGAAUUGAUACCACUUAAAAUUAGGGACAUAUAAUUAAAAAUAUCUAUAAUAUAUAUAUAUAUAUAUAUAUAUAUAUAAGCCAUUUUUUCCUUUUUUAUGUUUAUUUAUUUGGACAAGCCAAAUUUUUCAUAGUUUUUGUAGGUAAUCUGUACAAUAUUUUUAAUUUUCAAAUAAAGACGCUUUGUGUUUUUAUUAAAAGUUGUGAAUGAUGUGUAUAAAAUAGGCUGAUAAUUCUGUAUUCAUCUACAAAUCCACCCAACCUUAUUUGAAAAUUGUAAUAAUGAUUCAUUUGAAUUGAAACUGCAAAUGUCACUACCUAAUUCAAGCAUUAUUGUCACAUGUAAAAACGCUUUUGGAAUUAAGACCAUUACAGCCCUUCAAUUCAUUAACAUUUCAAAAGAACGUAGGGUCAUUUCCAUCUCACCUGUUACUCAUGUGUUUUUAUGUUUUGUGUGUAAAUGUUCAACCCGUGUGAUCAUUACCACUUUUAAUGGGUGAUAAUGAGCUUUCCAUGUUUGCAGUUACUUGUAAAAGGCAUGUAGUCUCAUUUAUUUCUGCAGAGUUCAAAAUACAAAGGCAUGUUUAUGCAUUUAGGUGCAAUAUAAUAUGUAAUUUACAUAAUGAUAAGCAAUAUACAAUGUACAGUAUAUCUCAA